GCGAUCUAACCAGCUCUGCUCAGUUCUCAGUAUGGGAGAUGCUAGAGACAACGAAGCCUAUGAGGAGGAGCUUUUGGACUACGAGGAAGAGGACGAGAAGGUCCCAGAUUCUGGAAGUAAAGUUAACGGCGAAGCCGUGAAAAAAGGGUACGUGGGAAUACACAGUUCUGGAUUCAGAGACUUCCUUUUGAAACCGGAGCUUCUCAGAGCUAUUGUUGACUCAGGAUUUGAACAUCCAUCUGAAGGCAAAUAUGGAGGUUAUCAUCUACUUAUAAAGGGUUUCUUCGGUGCAAUUUUCUUUGGUUCUCCACCAGUGCAACAUGAAUGUAUCCCUCAAGCUAUCUUGGGCAUGGAUGUUAUCUGCCAAGCAAAAUCUGGUAUGGGAAAGACUGCUGUGUUUGUGCUUUCGACUCUACAACAGAUCGAGCCAUCUCCUGGCCAGGUUUCUGCACUCGUCUUGUGCCAUACAAGAGAGCUAGCUUACCAGAUCUGCAAUGAGUUUGUGCGAUUCAGUACCUAUCUCCCUGAUACAAAGGUUUCGGUGUUCUAUGGUGGAGUCAACAUUAAAAUUCACAAAGACUUGCUGAAGAAUGAAUGUCCCCACAUUGUUGUUGGUACCCCUGGUCGGGUGCUUGCACUCGCCAGGGACAAAGAUCUCUCUUUGAAGAAUGUGAGGCAUUUUAUUCUUGACGAGUGUGAUAAAAUGCUCGAGUCACUUGACAUGCGGAGGGAUGUGCAGGAGAUUUUUAAGAUGACUCCUCAUGACAAGCAAGUUAUGAUGUUCUCAGCUACGCUCAGCAAAGAGAUACGUCCAGUCUGCAAGAAAUUUAUGCAAGAUCCAAUGGAAAUAUAUGUUGAUGAUGAAGCCAAGUUGACUCUUCAUGGACUUGUCCAGCACUACAUCAAACUGAACGAGAUGGAGAAAAACCGCAAGUUGAAUGACCUUCUGGAUGCAUUGGACUUCAAUCAAGUUGUCAUAUUUGUGAAGAGCGUGAGCAGAGCUGCGGAGCUAAAUAAGUUGCUGGUGGAAUGCAAUUUCCCCUCAAUAUGUAUCCACUCUGGCAUGUCUCAAGAAGAGAGGUUGACUCGCUACAAGAGUUUCAAGGAAGGGCACAAGAGAAUACUCGUGGCGACUGAUUUGGUAGGAAGAGGCAUCGACAUUGAGCGUGUCAACAUUGUUAUCAACUAUGACAUGCCAGAUUCUGCAGAUACAUAUCUUCACAGGGUUGGUAGAGCUGGUAGAUUUGGAACAAAGGGUCUAGCAAUCACAUUUGUUGCAUCAGCCUCAGAUUCUACUGUUCUUAAUCAGGUACAAGAGAGGUUUGAGGUUGAUAUAAAGGAACUUCCUGAGCAGAUUGAUACAUCUACUUACAUGCCGUCUUAAAGUAGUCUUCGUCUCUCAGGAGCACCUCUUCAUACACGACCUUGUUGGUGUUCGAAGGGGUCACAUGCUGAUUCUCCACUAUCCUUGCUCCGAUUGUUGCUGUUUUAGUCUUUUACGAGGACAAAUUUGUUUUUCUAUAUGUUAAGACAGUCUGUGUACUAAACAGAAAGAGAUCUG